AUGGAUCUAUUACGUAUAUUGGAUGCUAAACCAGAACCUAGGAUAGUCGAUACCGAUCAUUUUCAAAUUGAUCCGGGCUAUCAAAACUCAGAUGUUUAUAAAAUUGCUACUCCAAUGAGUGAUUUCCAAAAGGAGCUAAUUGAUCAAAUAGUGUCCUUACACUACAGUGAUAUAUUAAGGUUUUUUGAAAAAUUGGAUGACGAGUCUUGGGAUAACAUGUCUAAUAAUAGGAAAGAAAUUAUUGCGUCGUCCCUUGAAACACUCCUUGAGAAUACAAAACUUGUCUGUCUACACCCAUACUUAUUGAUCAACCAUUUCUUUCCUAAGAGUUUAACCACUAGAGACCUACCUAAUAGAUUGGCUGAGACAAGUGGUAAAUUCCAAAUUUUGAAUGAUUUACUGAUUCAAUUGGAUGCCAUUUAUAAUCCAGCAAGUAAGUCAAAUAAACUAAAAAAAGGACCGGAGAUCAAUGUGGCGGUCUUAGUUAGAGCAGGAAAGGCAAUGGAUCUAGUGGAUGCCUUGUGUAUUGGACAUAGAUGUAAUUUGAAAAGAUAUACGGGAAUAAAACUUAGAGAUUCUUCAGCAAAUCAAAAAAAAAACAUGAACUUAAAUCUGAACAUUCACUUAUUACCUUGUAAUUUUGAAGAUAUAAAUGAGAAAGAAAUCGAGCUAAAUAUUAAAAAUAAGAUGAACUUCAUCUUUUUAUUUGAGCUAGAAACAGAUUUAACUCACCCCUUUAUGAAUAAAUUAGUUGAUCAAUCAUUUACCAAGUUUUUUAAACUCAUUCCAAUCAAUUCAGUUGAGCACAUACAAUCAUAUUAUGAACAGCAGAUAAGUUCAAAGGGUAUUGGUGAGCUUUUAAAACCAAUAACAGCUGCAAUUGUUUGUCUACGGGAUAGAGUGGGCCAAUUGCCGUCUAAUUUAAAACCAGCCUAUACAAAUAAUUUGCUUUACUUAAGAGAUUAUCUAGCAAAUCCCCUAUAUGUUAAGUGGCCACUUCCGGAUUUACCACAUAUUGGAAAUUUCACAUCAAGAGACGUUGAACGGUCCUUGUUAACCGAGGUUAAGUUUAAUUUUGACAAUGAAGAAAUUUUAAGAGAAGAAGAGGAAAAUCGUCCAAGUGUUCAUGAGAGUUUGAACACUAACUUCGGCGGUAAAACACAGAUGAUUGGACAUAUUAUACAACCCAGAUUCUCGAAAAAAAACCCUACAGUUAAAAACUAUUAUGACAACAAGAGACUUGAGAAAAAUUAUUUAAUGAAUCCAUUGAACAAAGAGUACAAAUAUCUGUCUGGCAUCUCAUCAGAACUCAAUCAGCAUGAUGUUCUCACUCACACAUUAGUUCAUCAUUUCAGUAAUAGUAUUAAGAAAACCACCAGAUUGAAUGAAGAGGUCAACAGCUUCAAUAAAGUCAGUAAUGUAAGAAUUAAAGACUUUGAAGUUGUCAUAGUUGCCUAUGAAAAGCUUAGCAGAGACCUUUCAGAGACUCAACAAUCGCAUUUCAAUGUGAAUAAGAAAAUAGAAGAACGGAAUCAACAAAUUGAAAAAAUAAAGCACGAAAACACCGAAUAUCAUGAUUUCAUUGACAAACUUAGUGUAUCUAGCACGAUUGACAAUGAGAUAAAGGAUUACAUCGUUAAAGAUAUGGAGAAAUAUGAUAUUUUAGAAGAGAUUAACAGAUUGGAGCAAAAACUUGAAGGUGUGAAUAAUGAAAACAAAUAUAUGACUGAAGAAAUUGAUCGGGCUGAAAAGGCUAUUGUUGAAUCACAUACACAAAUCGAUAAACACAAAAUAAACAAUCAAUCAUUGCAGAAGUUAGUACAAAAAAUUAAGGACGAUAACUCCAGUAUUGAAGCGGAAGAAGCGGAAUUAAGGACUUUGAAUGAAAAAUUAAAAGACCUCGAGGAGAAACAUUAUGAACUGCAUGCUAAAAUUAAGGAAACCUUAAUUAAUUUGAGUGAAAUAGGACAUAGGUCAAGACACACGAAUUAUCAUUCCCGUAACAAAAGUUAG